AUGUCGCUUCCGCAACGACCGGCCAACGCUCCAUCUUCGCUCCGCGAAGAUAGUCAGCCCGGAUUCAGAGAAUCCUCUCGACGCCGCCGCCGCGAUAUCGAAUCUGGUACAUUCACGGAAGUCCCGGCAUCACCAUACUCUCCUACAUCUCCUCGACGUUCUCAUGGCAGGCAUGUCUCUCAUUCAUCCUCGCGAGGAGGACCACCUACUUGUGGACCCCCUUCCACAGAUUUGGGCAGGAAAAGAUCGCUCGUUCGUCCAGAGAGAAACCAAAUAGGCCCUGAUCAUCCCAAUUACCAUUACGUGCAGUCUGCCCAGAGCCAUAACAUUGCCACAUAUCCCUCGACGACCGGUCACGACCCCGUUCUGGAGGGCCCUGAAGACGCCGAGACGACUGGAAGCACCGAUAGUUCCCUGAAGACGGGUGCUCAGGCGCAUGCUUAUGCCCUUGAAGGAAAUCUCAACAAACCUAUGGAACGAAUCGAGCGUGCACCAAGCUCGCGUCACAAGAAAAAAAAGCUCCACCGCAAAAGCUCUAAAUUGCCUAUUGAGUCGGAGGAGAAACGUCAACAAAAGGUCCGCGAACAUGUCCCUGCUCCUAGCCCAUGGUACGCAUACUGUGUGCUGGUCACUUUUUGGGCACCGGAUGUCGUAAUGGCGUGCCUGGGUAUGAGGAAAGCGGAACAACGUCGGGCAUGGCGUGAGAAAAUGGGUUUGAUCAGUCUGAUCCUGUUGGUUUGUACCUGCGUCGGUUUCUUGACUUUUGGAUUUACCCAAGUCGUCUGUGGUACGGCAACCACACGUAUAGCUGCAGGUCACGUCGAUGCAGGCUAUAUGAUUUUCCACGGCCGGGCUUUUGAUCUUUCAAAAUCUAAGCAUCCAGCUGCCUAUGGAGUCCCUCAAGACUCCAAUGUCUUGUAUGACUUGCCAGUGAAAUAUUCUGGCAAGGACGGCAGCUUUCUGUUUCAGAAUGUCAACGGUGCAUGCAAGGAUAUCAUCACGCUAGCCAAGGGUUCUGACAUCCCUACCAACAGCAACGGCGAGCUCGCCUGGUAUUUUCCCUGUCAGGCAUACAAUCAAGACGGCUCUGAUUACAAAAUAAACGAGACUGCUACUCCUUAUCUUGGAUAUAUGUGCCAUCUUUCAGCUGGAGCACGAAGUGAUUUCUACUCGCUGGAGAGCUCUGGCGAUGUCUACUUCACGUGGGACGAUUUGGCAAACAAAACUCGCAAUCUUAUUGUGUACUCGGGCGAUGUUCUCGAUCUUGACUUGCUCACUUACCUAGAUUCUAAGCAAGUGUCUUACCCUUCUUUGUUCACAGAGAUGCAAAGCAACCCCGAUAUCCGAGGAACCGACAUAACAUAUGCGUUCCAGACAGCAGAGGACAAACGUAUCGCAAAAUGUCUGUCGCAGAUCAUUCGAGUUGGAUCAAUUGAUACCAAAACUAUUGGUUGCAUUGCAUCUCAGAUCGUGCUUUACGUCUCCUUGGUCUUUAUUCUUUCUAUUGUUGGCGCACGAUUCGUCAUGGCUUUGUUCUUCCAUUGGUUUGUGUCCAAGAAAUAUGCAGCCAACCGCUCCUCAAUGACACUGGAUCGCCGAGCUCGUGCACAACAGAUUGAAGACUGGACAGAAGAUAUCUAUCGCCCUGCUCCGCGUCUUGCUGAUCCCCCCGUUCCCGAGAAGAUGGCUAGAAAGCGCGCAAGCUUCCUGCCAACCACGUCUCGUUUCUCCAGUCCGUAUGCUGUUGGAGGCGGCAGAGCCAAGGCUCAGCCUACAACAAUGGCCAGUCAAAACUCUUCGUCUCGUCUUGCUCCUACUACGAAUGCCUCGGCUUCGAUGUAUAAACUGAGUGGGAACAGUAGCAACGGAUCACUAAGCGUGGAUGCAAUCUCGCGACACAACGCAGCCGCCACCGACAGCCGAACGAGCUUGAUGAUUUCGCAAUAUGACCAGAGGCAUUCGACUGUUGUGGGUUCUACUGAAGGUCCGGCCGGUUUCAUCCAUGAAAAUGUUGUUCCACAGCCACCUCCAGAAUGGCAGCCAUUUGGAUUUCCUCUGGCGCAUACUCUAUGUUUGGUUACUUGUUAUUCUGAAGGUGAAGAAGGUAUUCGUUCCACUCUGGACUCGAUUGCUUUGACAGACUACCCCAACAGUCACAAGACCAUCUUAGUUAUCUGUGAUGGUAUCAUCAAGGGUAAAGGUGAAGAGCAAUCUACUCCCGAUUACGUACUAGGUAUGAUGCGUGACCACGUUAUUCCACCUGACGAGGUUCAACCAUAUUCGUAUGUGGCUGUUGCCACCGGCUCUAAGAGACACAACAUGGCCAAGAUCUAUGCUGGCUUCUAUGACUACGGACAGACGUCCAUCGUUCCACCGGAAAAGCAGCAACGUGUGCCGAUGCUCGUCGUUGUCAAGUGCGGCACACCUGCUGAGGCAAAGACAUCCAAGCCUGGAAACCGUGGUAAGCGUGACAGUCAGAUUAUUCUCAUGUCCUUUUUGCAAAAGGUCAUGUUUGACGAGCGCAUGACGGAACUCGAAUUCGAAAUGUUCAAUGGAUUCUGGAAUAUCACCGGCAUAUCGCCCGAUUACUAUGAAAUCAUUCUCAUGGUUGACGCCGAUACGAAGGUGUUCCCGGAUAGUCUUACACACAUGGUGUCGGCUAUGGUCAAGGAUCCAGAUAUUAUGGGACUUUGUGGUGAAACCAAGAUUGCAAACAAGACUCAGAGCUGGGUUACCAUGAUCCAGGUUUUCGAAUACUACAUUUCUCACCAUCAAGCCAAGGCUUUCGAGUCCGUCUUUGGUGGUGUCACUUGUCUUCCCGGUUGUUUCUCUAUGUAUCGUAUCAAAGCGCCCAAAGGUGGCCAGAAUUACUGGGUACCUAUUUUGGCUAAUCCGGAUAUUGUCGAGCAUUACUCGGAGAACGUUGUCGACACUCUUCACAAGAAGAACCUGCUCCUGCUCGGCGAGGAUCGUUACUUGACCACUCUGAUGUUGAAGACAUUCCCAAAGCGUAAGCAAAUCUUCGUGCCUCAGGCAGUCUGCAAAACCACUGUUCCCGACACCUUCAUGGUUCUCUUGUCCCAACGUCGUCGUUGGAUCAACAGUACCGUCCACAACCUGUUCGAGCUGUGCUUCGUGCGGGAUCUCUGCGGCACAUUUUGCUUCAGUAUGCAGUUUGUCGUCUUCAUCGACAUGAUCGGUUCCCUCGUCCUCCCCGCCGCUAUCUCCUUCACAUUCUACAUCAUCGUCAAAUCCAUCGUCUCCAAACCCGUUCAAGUCAUUCCGCUUGUCCUUCUCGCGUUGAUCCUGGGUCUUCCCGGUAUACUAAUCAUCGUCACCGCCAAUCGCUGGAUUUAUGUCCUCUGGAUGCUUAUCUACCUUGUCUCCUUGCCUAUAUGGAACUUUGUCCUGCCGGUAUACGCAUUCUGGAAAUUCGAUGAUUUCAGUUGGGGAGAUACGCGAAAGACGGCUGGCGAUACUGGCAAGGGAGGCCACGGUGAAGCCGAGGGUGAAUUUGAUAGUAGUAAGAUCACGAUGAAGCGCUGGCGCGAUUUUGAGAAAGAACGACGCCUCAACAUGAACGCAGCCCAGGGCCUACCACCACCAAACUCCAUGCCGGCAGCGCCAUAUGCCUACCCCGGUAGCUACGACACUUAUUCAGACUACUAA